UUAUUCCACCUUUUUCUCUCUUUUCUUGUUUCAUCAAACUGGUCAAUAUGGAAGUAAAAACCUUUCUUGUUGCCUUUUUUCUCUCAACACUGUUAUUUCCUCUGGCCUUCUCCACAUCAAAUGAUGGCUUGGUUAGAAUUGGUUUGAAAAAGAUCAAAUAUGAUCAAAACAACCGGCUUGCUGCUCGCCUAGAGUCCAAGGAGGCGGAGGCUUUGCGGGCCUCUAUUAGGAAGUACAACUUCCGUGGUGAUCUUGGGGCGUCUGAGGAUACAGAUAUUGUUGCACUAAAGAACUAUAUGGAUGCUCAGUACUUUGGAGAGAUUGGUGUAGGCACUCCCCCUCAGAAGUUCACUGUGAUCUUUGAUACUGGUAGCUCUAAUUUGUGGGUGCCUUCAGCAAAGUGUUACUUCUCAGUCCCUUGCCUUUUCCAUUCCAAGUAUAAGUCGAGCCAAUCAAGUACUUAUAAGAAAAAUGGGACGUCUGCUGCAAUUCAUUAUGGCACUGGAGCAAUAUCUGGAUUCUUCAGUCAAGAUAAUGUCAAAGUUGGUGACCUUGUUGUGAAAAAUCAGGAGUUCAUUGAGGCAACCAGAGAACCCAGUGUAACAUUUUUGGUAGCCAAGUUUGAUGGUAUAUUGGGUCUUGGAUUCCGUGAGAUUUCUGUUGGAAAUGCUGUUCCAGUAUGGUACAACAUGGUCAAACAGGGUCUUGUCAAGGAGCCUGUCUUCUCAUUUUGGCUCAAUCGAAACAAAGAGGAAGAGAAAGGUGGUGAAAUUGUGUUUGGUGGGGUUGAUCCUAAGCACUUUAGGGGAAAACACACUUAUGUCCCAGUCACACAGAAGGGUUAUUGGCAGUUUGAUAUGGGUGAUGUUCUGAUCGAUGGCCAAGCUACAGGUUACUGUGACGGUGGAUGUUCUGCAAUUGCGGAUUCAGGAACUUCUCUCUUGGCUGGUCCAACGACUGUAAUCACUAUGAUUAAUCAUGCCAUUGGGGCCUCUGGUGUUGUUAGCCAACAAUGCAAAACUGUUGUUCAACAGUAUGGGCAAACAAUAAUGGAUAUGCUUUUAACAGAGGCAAACCCAAAGAAGAUCUGUUCACAGGUUGGGUUGUGCACCUUUGAUGGAACUCGAGGCGUAAGCAUGGGCAUUGAAAGUGUUGUAGAUGAGAAAGCUGGCAAAUCGGCAGGACUGCACGAUGCUAUGUGCUCUGCUUGUGAAAUGGCAGUUGUAUGGAUGCAGAACCAACUUAGACAGAACCAGACUCAGGAUCGCAUUUUGAACUAUGUGAAUGAGCUCUGUGAGCGACUUCCAAGCCCAAUGGGACAAUCAGCUGUUGAUUGUGGAAACCUUUCUGGCAUGCCUAGUGUUUCCUUCACAAUCGGUGGCAAAAAGUUUGACCUCGCACCUGAGGAGUACAUACUCAAGGUGGGCGAGGGUCGCGCUGCACAAUGUAUUAGUGGCUUCGUUGCUUUGGACAUUCCUCCACCCCGUGGACCUCUUUGGAUAUUAGGGGAUGUCUUCAUGGGUCGAUAUCACACAGUCUUUGAUUCUGGAAAACUUAGAGUUGGAUUCGCUGAAGCAGCUUAAUGAAACCAAAAAAUGCAAGCCACUACCAGAUGUUGUUGUGUAGUGACUUGCCCUUAAAAUAAGUCUUUAUCAGCAAAUGGGAUUGUAAAAGUUUGGAC